CCCACAAAAAGAUACUUUAUCGUAGCAAUGAUUACUGGCCACUUUCAAUACAGCUGUACAGCAACGCUCGUAUAAAAGACCCAACGCACCGCUGGACAGCAUUCAGUAGCUAUCUAGCAGUCUGACAAGAAGUGCAAGAUGAGAUUUCUGAUCGCUUUCGCCGCCGUCCUCGGCUACGCUUCGGCCUCGGCCAUCCUGCCUUACGGCCUCGGCAUCAACGCCGGCGACGCGCAAGCGGCCGCCAUUGACGCCACCGUGGCCGCGCAGGACCAUGCGCGCGCGGCGGUGGAGGGGAACCUCAGGGCGAACGAGGCCGCCGUGCAGUGGAACACUGAAGCCGUCCGCCAGGCCGCGGAGACCAGUAGGGAUAUUAAUGAGAACGCUUACUGGAAUGGCGUCGCCGCUUCCCAGAACGUCGUAGCCGCCGCCCAAUCGCAAGCGGCCGCCCUGAACGGCAUCGCCGCCGCCCGCGCCGGCCUGUGGGGCGCCCCCAUCGCGCCCCUCGCCCCCGUCGCCGCCUGGGGCGCCCCCCUCGCUUACGGCGGUCUGGGCAUCCAUGGCGCCGCUCUGCGCGCGUGGUAAAAC